GGGAGAGGGAGAGGAGGGCAUGUUUAGUCGUUACGUCACCGGAAGUGGGGGAUACUCAACGGUGGAAGUGGCCAUUGCACGCUCAGUCAUUUUCUCGCCUUUUGUUUACUCCUCACUAGAGUCCAGCCAUGGAAGACAGCAGCGGGUUCCGUCCCUCAGCCGGGAACUUGGAUGAUCCCCCCAACAGCCGCGUGUUCCUGGUGGUCAGCAAGUCGGUGACCGAGGACACGAUCCGGGACAGGUUCUCCGAAUUCGGCGACAUCCAGGACAUCUGGGUGGUGAAGGAUAAACAGACCAAGGAGUCCAAGGGCAUCGCCUUCGUCAAAUACGCCAAGUCCUCCCAGGCCUGCCGGGCUAUGGAGGAGAUGCACGGCCGGUGUCUCACUGAGAGCUCUAAGCCCGUCAAGGUGAGAUCCCCUGAGUCAGCACACCCACCCAGGACCUGCAGAACAUACCCUGAUAAUACCAGCAUGCAUCCAUAUAGGGCAGCAUGUUUUCUGAUAGGGCACUGCUCAUUGCACACUCACCUCAGUGGGGAGCAGAUUGUGCACAUGAAUUGGGUUUCCUGAUUACCUGAAUGUUGGGCAGGAGAAGGCAACCUUUGGACCUCCAGAUAUUGUAGACUACAUCUCCCAUAAUGCUCCUACCGCCAUAAUGCUGGCAAAGUACUAGGGGGAAUGUAGUCCACAACAUCUGGAGUGCUGAAGAUUGCCUAGAUCGACUAACCUUGAUCUAGGGGCAGCCGAUGAUCCAUGGUUCCUGCACAUGUUUCACCUGGGCAUAUUGAAGGACAGACUAAGAAAGGUGUUUGUUCUGUAGUACGCUGGGACGCAAUAAUCAACAUAACUGCCAUAGUCCUCUGUAAAGCGCAUAUCUCCGACAUGAUGCUUUCUCACAGCUCUUUGUCAGACUGUUUCCAGUUAAAAGAAAAAAAUCUCAGGCACUCACUGUGAUAAGUUUAAAGCAGUUUUAAUGGAUAAAGACCUGGGUAUAGGUCGAAACAUUGUGGAUCCAUUAAAACUGCUUUAAACGUAUCACAGUGAGUACCUAAGAUUUUUUUUUUCUUUUAUGUAGAUUAUAUGGGGUAUGCUGCCCCAUAUUGAGUUAGCACCCUGUGAUUUUUGUGAAUGAGUGCAACCCUCUUUUUUUUUUUUUUUUUUUGAGACUGUUUCCAGUUGACACAUUUAGCUAUUAAUGGUUUCCAAAAUUGGACAGAUUUGAUAUUUCUAAUGCAGACUCAUAACCGGUUAUAAUGCAUUGACUGCCUGUAUAAACAUUAAGACUAAGUGCAGCACAUGAGUUUUACAUACUUCUGGUUGGCAAUCAUUAUACAUGACUGCAGUGCCUUUUAUGGGGAACUGAAAGAAAUUGUAGCCCAUGCAUACUAUAUACAAUGUUUUCUUGUUUUUGGUUUUUUACAAUUUGUUUUUGAAAGUAGGUCUUGUAAUCUUCUAUUAUUUAUAAUAAUACAAUUACACUUUAGGGUUCAAACAGGACUUUUUCUGGUCUUGUUUCCUUUAUAUAUUUGCAUUGCAAUUUCAUUUACUUAGUUAUUCAGUCGUUAUUUUUUUUUUUUUUUUAUUCAAUGAAACUAUAGUGUGUUUCUAUAUGUAUGCAUACUAUUUCAAUCAGUGUUAGGGCAUUAGUAGGCUGAUUCUCUCUGCCUGUUAAUGGGAACCCAGCAGAACCUUUUUCAUCAUACUGUUGUAACAGAGAGGAAGGUAGUCAGGGGGCAGUAGUGUUGGGUGCCAGAGGGCCAACUUUGGGAUAACUCCUUAACUCCUUAACACACUCCUGCUCGGGUGCCAUUUUUAAUCUGUGUUUUGUCUAAUCAUUUCAAUGGCUUGACAAUAAAAACAUGGCUUUCACUGCACCCAAAUCCUAGCCACUUCUGCAGGUGUUGAAAUAAUGUGGAAGUUUCACUGCCGUCAUCAAACCUAACCAACCUUGAACAGCAUUGAUGGAAUGAAAGCAGUUUUUGGUGAAUUAAAUAACUUCUGGUUUAAAUCUGGUCAAACGCAUGUUGAAGUUGCAGGUGUUCUGCUUAAAACACGGAUAUUUUAUUUUUCUAGGUGUUUAUUGCUCAAUCACGAGGUUCUUCAAAUCAUCGGGAUGUGGAAGACGAAGAGCUAACUAGGAUCUUUGUAAUGAUUCCUAAAUCAUACACAGAAGAUGAUGUUAAAGAGAAAUUCAAGGUAUGAAAUAGUUAAAUGAAAACUAUUGCUAUUCUAAAAGUUACUCCAUUAGGAAACAAAAUUUGAAGCAAUUCAGUAGUUCUAGCAUUCUCAAUCUUUAUAGCAUUUGCACAAAAAAUAAAUGUUUUGCAGAGUGAGGAACCAUAAGCCUUCCUUGAAGGGACACUCCAGGCACCCAGACCACUCCUGCAUAUUGGAGUGGUCUGGGUGCCAACUCCCACUACCCUUAACCCUGCAAGUGUAAUAAAUUCACUCAUUGCCUAACAGGGUUAAGUCCUCCUCCUCCUCUAGUGGCUGUCUAUGAGUCAGCCACUAGAGGUUUUUCCAGUUUCUUAAAACACUUGUAGUGUUUAAAGAGAUGCUGGACGUCCUCAUGCAAUGCCUGAGGACCUCCAGCAUCGCCGGAAUCCCCAUUGGAAAGCAUUAAAUAAUGCAUUACUAUGGGGCGGUGUAAUGCGGGCGCCGCAAUUGCCACACAUGCGCAUUAGGUCUCCCCCAACCGGCUGACGUUGGCGGAGCCUGCCCCAGCGCCGAGGGACAUUGGCGCUGGAUACAGGUUAGUCACUGAAGGGGUUUUAACUCCUGCAGCAACCUGGAUGGGAGGGAGAGGGGACCUGCAGUGCCUUUGAGUUCUGCAAUACCCAAUCCAUAAAGGGAAUGCAUGUCCUGACUCGAGCAGGUAAGUAAAAGUUCAAUCUUGAUUUCUUCUCAUUAGGAAACCAGUGGUAUAAUGGCAAUAGCCAUUGGGAAUGGGGGGUACAGAGAAGGAGACGCUUUUACCUUUCAUGCCCACCAGGUGGAAUUGUCUUAUAAGUGUAAGUUUCCCCUUCUCUACCUCCUCUGUGCACUGGAUAUUGCCACUAUGCUGUACGGACAUUUUUAUUAUCAGGAGAAAUAAAGCUUUAACUUUUUCUCUUUAACCUGCUCGAGUCUGGUAGUCCAUUCCUUUUGGGAAUCUGGUAUUAUGUAUUCAAUAUUGUUAAAGGGAUGAAGGAUCCACCUGUCCACACUGUUUUGUUUUGUUUUUAUUAUUUUGCUCAGCAUUGACUCCUUACUGAACCUAUUUUAAUUUUGUCUAUUGCAAUCAGCAAAUUAAAGAGGCUAAAACCUUUCAAAUACAUUAAACUUGUAUUGGUGCCCAGAGUGAGUGAUUAGGGGGAUAUUUAAGUUUGCAUAGAAAAAAAAAUUGGUAAAAAGAUUUCUAAGAACACAAUGUAACAAUGAUUUGUUAAAGGGAUCCUAUAGUGCCAGGAAAACAAACCCGUUUUCCUGGCACUAUAGGUUUAAUAGGUCCCCAUCUCUCUCGCACUCCACCCUCAUGGGGGGGCUGAAGGGGUUAAAACCCCUUUAGCCACUUACCUGAAUCCAGCGCAGAUGUCCUUCGGCUCUGUCAAGCUCCACCCGCGUUGCUCUCCUGCCGACGGGGGAGACCCCUAAUGCACAUGCGUUUCAAUGGUCGCAUGCACAUUAGACCUCCACAUAGGAAAGCAUUAUUCAAUGCUUUCCUAUGGGGAAAAUCUGAUGCUGGAGGUCAGUGAGGACGUUCAGCGCCAGAUAAUGGACCAAAAGUCAGUUUGGAUUUCGGAAGCCCUCUAGUGGCUGUCUGGUAGACUGCCACUGAGGGCAGACUUAGAGCUGCAAUGUAAACAUUGCAGUUCUAUGGAACUGCAAUGUUUUACAUUGCAGUACUAAGUGCACCCAGACCACAUCAAUUAGCUGAAGUGUUAUGGGUGCCUAGUGUCCCUUUUUAAAGCCUGAGUAUGUGCAAAGUCUAGAAAUAAGUUUAAUCAUUUUAAAGGGAUACGGUAGUGCUAGGAAUACAAAUCUGUAUGAAAAUGAGUUGAAUUUUAUAUACAAAUAGAGAGAACGUGAGUACAGCUCUGAACAUUUUUUUUUAUAAUUUGGCAAUAAAAAAGUAUUAAUCAGUCUCUAUUAUCUUAGCAGAUUUAGUCAUUCAUGCAUUUAUGAAUGGCAAGGCCUGUUAAAGUCUGAGUGUGAAUUAGACAGAUCAUCAUUACGAACACCAUGAAUGAUUUUGUAAUUUUUCAAAAAUGGCUGCUCAGAUCAAUGUCCUGUACUGAACCUACUUGCAUGUGUAAUUUUUUUUUUCUACCUCCUCUUCUAGCCUUACGGACAGAUUGAGUAUUGCUCAAUUAUUAAAAACAAAACUACAGGAGAAAGUAAAGGAUUGGGAUAUGUAAGGUUCCUCAAACCCUCCCAAGCUGCCAUUGCAAUAGAAAAUUGCGACCGAAGUAAGUAGCUUUUUAAAAAUUGACAGGCUUGUUGUGAGCUACAUAAGAAUUGCAGGCUGUAUUACCGAAUCAUAUAGUUAAAUGCAACUUAACCUACCUGAUGAUAGACAUAUAGAUAGAUGAAUAUCCCCCCCAAAACAUUUCAUUCUAAGCACCAUAACCAGUGCACCUCACUUUGGCAAAAACUGGGGCUCUUACACUCUGCUAAUGUGGUAAUAAAUUUCCAAAUUUGUCUUUGUACUUUAGGCAACUGUUAUAAGCUGUAGGAACUCUGAACGUCAAACGUUGACAAUAACCAGGGAAUCGCAGCCUAUGGACAAUGCGCCAUAGCAACUACAAUGAGCUGCAGUGGUUAUGUUCCCUAAAGGACCACUUCAGACUUCUUUAUUUUUUAUUAUGAAACUAAAAUCACGGUUUUAGUAUCUAUACUCUCGAUGCGUGCAUGGUUUGACCUGAGGUCUGUGGAGGAGAAAAGGCAGUGUUUACAUUGCCCCCUAGGGACACCACCUGUUGGUCACUGGAGGUGGUUCCUGGGGCAGUGCUGCACAGUAGGCAGCACUGCCAUUCAACCUCUCCACGCUCUGCAUGGAGACGCUGAAUUUUUCUUAUGCAGAUGCAUUGUUUCAAUGCAUCUCUAUGAGGAGUUGCUGAUUGGCCAAGCCUGCGUUUGGCCCCACCUGCUUGCCAAUUUCAGCCAAUCCAAUGCUUUCCCUAUUUUUAUAAACUGGUUUUACAAUAAGAUACUCAUCUCCAAUAAAGCACUUCAGCCAGCUGAAGUCCUGCAUGGAUGAGGAGUGCUUCUUUAAAGUGUCUUUUUUUUUCUUUUUUAAUCAAGGUUUUGUUAAAUUUGUACAAUGGUGAAAUUGUCGGUUUUCCAGUCAGAUGUGCUUGAAUUAUAUACACAUCAUGUUUUUGUUUUGUGGAGUGGGCAUUUACUUUUGUUGAAAAUGUUGUGCAGUCAUCUUAAAACUGAAAACAUAAUGUUAGAUCAAAACUUUAAAGCCGUAAUUUCUUUCUAGGUUAUAAAGCAAUCCUGGCUGAGCCUAAAAACAAGGGAUCAUCUGCAGAACCAGCAGAGUACCAUGCCACUCCAAGGCAGCCAGAGCCAUUAAUUCAUGACCACGCUUCUUCAUUGUAUUAUGGUUUGUAUUUUUAUUUUUACAGUACCAUUAAUCUUUAUGCACUGCAAAAACAGUUGAGCCUGGCCAAGAGUAUUUUAAAUUAAGUAAUAUUGGGGGAGGAGAGAAUAAAAUAUAUAUAUAUAUAUAUAUAUAUAUAUACAUACAUAUAUACAGAGGGCUGCACUCACCAUGCUUGCAUUAUAGGGUGCUGCUGGGGCCAAAAUAUACAAAACACAGAAUCCAGCGCACUCGCUUAUUCACUAAACAAUGAUUUCAAAUCUUAGAGAUUGUCACCUAGGCAAAAAAUAAUGGGGGGUUUAGUUACAUUACAUACACCUGUGACAGGGAGGGUGCCUCAUUCCAGGACCCUAUUUAGCCUUGACUUGCAGAGAGUCCCAGUAAGGAAGUAUUUCCCAAAUAAGUGGAUUAAUCUCAUAAGAGCAAGCAUUAGGCUGCUAGAGUAGGACCUGCCAAGAAUGGGGUACAUUGACGUUGUGGCAGGCUUAUGCAAUGUAUGAUCAUAUAAUGUAACUAAACCCCCAUUAUUUUUUACCUAGGUGAGGUGUUUUUAAAUAAAACUAUAUUAUAAUCUCUAAGGGGUGUGUAUGUGUAUAUAUAUGUGUGUGUGUGUAUAUAUAUAUAUAUAUAUAUAAUAUAAUAUAAUGAGUGUGUGUAUGGUUUUACAUUUUCUAAUGUUAGUGUUUUUUUGUUUUCCCCAACAUUGAUUAUUUGUACAUAAUAAACAUUUAAUAUUGACCUCUUCUUUACAUAUGUCAAUUAAAUGUAUAAAAAUGGUAUUAAGAAUAUAGAUGUUUGGUUUGAUUGUGGCACAUAAUUUAAUUUUAUUACUAUUUUUUUUUUCUUAUUCUUUAAAAGAACAAUACGAUUACUCCGCCUAUGAGAAGAUUGCAGACCCGCGAACUCAGGAAGUGGUGUCAAAGCGUCUGACUGUUGUUUCCAGAGUUCCUUUGGUUCAAGAGCAGGUCUACAGUUUAUUUGAUCUUAUUCCAGGACUUGAAUUUUGUGAGGUUCAGCGAGAUCUGUACUCUAGCUUUGGUAAGAUGGUAAAACCUAUAGUUCUAACUCAUUUCUCAGUAGUCAACAUCAAUAGUGACAGAAAAACUGUCAAAAUUCAGAAAUUAUUUUUCUUUGGCAGUUUUUAAUUUUUAUGUGUUUAGUAGUCUUCAAUUCUGAACUGAAUGAAGCAUAUUUUUUUUUAAUUAUGAAAGCGUAACUUGACCCCACCAGGAAAUGAACCUGCAAAAUACUUAAGCUGGAAAACCAGCUACUGAUCUAUCUCAAGAUUAUUUUCCUCUUUUCCUAACAUAUAGUGACAGUACACUAGAAAUGCUCUUACAUUUAAAUUGAAUAGUUAUCAUUGGUCCCAGGCACAGUUUUUUUUUUACUUUUCCUGUUAGCAAAGCAGACAGGUAAGUGGUGGAGUUUUAGCAGAUGGUGAGACAGCACAGGAAGAAGCGCGGAGCUGUUGGGUGGUAGCAGAAGCGGCAAAAAUUCACCAGGUGUUGUAAGUUACAGAAUGGAGGCCAGGUGUCUCUGUUUCAUAGACUGAAAAUGCGGACGGUGCAUUCCUCUGCAAAAUGAGCCAGUCACUGAGAAUACAAGAGUAGGCUUCAUGGUCAAAAGCUUGUACAGCCAAUACGACGCGCACACACAGGAAGUGUUUACAUUACACUGCAUGUUUGUCAUAUAACUGCGCAUUGGUUGUUCCAGGUACCAAACUUUGAAUGUGACCUGCUUAUUUAAAAUCUGUAUGACUAAUCUGACCCUAGGGUGCUUCGUACAUGAAAUACCGCCAGACUGCAUUCACUGAAUGUUAAAUCAGAUAUGGAGAUCUAUUUGCAAAGAAGUGCUUGAUUUUGAAGAUUGGAACAACUUUUUGUUAAUUUUAGAGGAAACUCUCAAGGAAAAUGCAGCAUCUAAGUGAACAAUUGCAUGAUGGAUCAGACACCAUUUAGACAGCAUACUAAGCUAUGGAGAGUUGGUUCUUUUUAAAAAAUCAGGACCGUUUAUAUUCUGGUGAAGCAAUGGUUUCACCAGAAGAUAUAUAUGCAAAGGCACAACUUUGUAUUUUACACGUUUAUUAAACAUUACAGACUAGACACUGGGUCCUCAUGACAUUGGGUGAAGCAGCAUUUGGGUGCAAGGUUGUGACGAACCAUUUAGGAUCUUACUAUAUCUCUAAUGUACUGCUCCUUAUACUGUAGGAAACAAAUAGUUUUGUUUUAUGUAAAUCUUGUUCCUUGGUGUGGGUAGUAGUACAAAUUUUCCUAUUUAUUUAUUUUUUAAAUUAAAUUUUUUACUUUGUAUCAGUUUGGUGUUCUUGCUAUUACUGAGGGUCCUCUGGAUGAUUAAGGCAUCUAAAAGUCCUGAGAGGGAGGGACCAUCCUGAAUAUUUUAAAUUACACAGGAGGUUAUAAGAACAUCCCUAGUGUACUGCCAUAAAAAGUGUUUAAGUAAAAAAAAAAAAAAAGAUAGAGAUGCAAAUAGCUAUGGAGUUCACAAAAAUUCUGGUGUUACCUAUCUUUUCCCUAAAUACACAGGUUAACUGAUACCAUGUUGUGCUAUUUUAGCUUGCACAGGUAUAAAACUAGUAAUUAUUAAAUCUGUCUUUCCUGAUUUAAAUAUAUUGAUAUCAUUAUCUUAUGAUGAAAGUGUUUCUUUUUAAAGCAGAUAUCUGUAUGUUUAUUUCUUCGUGACAUUGUUAAAAUAUGUAUGCAUUGUCCUUGGCAUUGAAGCCUGUUAACCAUGACACACUGAAUCAAUUAUGUUCUCAGGAGUCAACCGCCUUGUUAUUUUAGGCAUACAAUCUUCUAGUGGUGUAUUUUUUUUUUUUUUUUUUUUUUUUUUUUUUUUUUUGUUUCUAAUAGUACUUUUAUGACAAUCGAAUAUUGCACCUGCAUACUCUUAUUUGUUCCAGCAGACACACCAGAACACAUUUAAAAUAAACACCAGGAGCACGCAUUAUGCUCUUAAAUAGCCCCCCUGUGCUUGUAUCUGUUGUAGUAAUAUCAUAAACUCGCAUGGUCUUUCACCCCAAGUGUAAUUAAAUUUUAUUCACCUACAAUAGUUGUUUCAAAUCUGUUUAAAGGAACACUCCAAGCACCAUAAUUACUACAGUCUGCCCUGGCGCCCCCCAAGGGAAAAUAAUCAAGUAAUUUUGAUUAGGUGUCUCUUUUUAUGGAGCUGGAAUCUCCUGCAAGGAGUUUUUGUUUUAGUUCCAAUGAGCAAAGUCCUGCAACCCCCAGGCAUACGUCAAUGCAUGAUCAUUUAGGGGACACAAGAGGAGAUGUCUUGACUUGUAAGUUGUUCAGCUGUUUGCAAUUUGUUAUGGUGCUUGGAGUGUUCCUUUUACACAAUAUUCCCAACAGAUUAAUAUGUGUCUGAUCAAGCUGUAGUAAUCUUUACCUGUUACGCUUUGAAGAACUGAUGUUUUAAAUGUAGUGGUAGCCUUUUUUACUUUCAAAUACACCAUCAUCAAUACUAAAUAAAAUGGUCAAUUAAUGGCAUUUGAUACCAAUAGCCAAAUAAACCUCAUGUUUACAAUUCAGUCGGUCAAUUAACUCUUACUUUCCACUGGAGAAAGGAUGAUGUUAGAUCGAAAUCUUUUUAUUUAGCUUUUACUUAAACUGCUGUGUGGGUUUAAAGAAUGAAUUGCCAAGAUGAAGCGUGUAUGCCACGUAAAAAAUAAUAAUUUAUUUUUUAUUUUUUUUUAAGUGUUCCAUGGUGGUGGAAAUAAAGUGUCUAAACCAGCCACUAUAACAAGCAGUUCUCCUUUUUAAAAUAUAUUUUUUGUUUUUUCCUGUUAGGUCAUGUUGUGGUCCAGUAUCAAAAUGUUUCAUCUGCCAUAUAUGCUAAAUACAAGCUGCAUGGUUUUGAAUACCCACCUGGAAAUCGACUUGGUGUCACUUACUUAAGUGAUGGUUCAGAUAACACAGAGUAAGUAUGAUUACCGACUCUCUUUCCUAGUUUCCUGACAGUUUUUUGCUCUUUGAGAACUCUUUUGCCAUUCUCUCUUGAUGUUACAUACAGUCACACGUCAGAGAGAGGUAAAUCAAAUGUAAACGAAUUUAGGAAAAUGGAGUUAAAUAUGUUAAUCAUUUGAACACUGAAAAUUGCUGACUUGUGUGCACUGAGUGAUUUUCAUAUUCCCAUUAUAAUUAUAGUUUUCUGGAUUUUCUUUAUAGCUUGCUUAGAAAAAUGGCCUCACAGAUGGUGGCUGCUCAGGUAAAGUCUCUGGUGUGGAAUUCCCAAGUUACACCACAAUAUCCUGCAACAUCAGUAAGUCAUUUUCUGAAUUUAGAAACAAGUAGCUUUAACUAUAUAUUGGUCUAUAUGUUUCUGUUUAAAUAUCUUCAACACUAACAUUUGGUCAGUUUGCAUAUUGCACAAUUGUGCUACUUUCCAUUAACUUUGAGAGCAGUUCAAAAUGCUGUAAAUGUGUUUUAGCAACAUAGCUGUCAUUGUGCACAUUAUAGCUUUUAAUUUAUUUGUUGUUUUUUUUUUUUUUUUUACAAGUUGCUUUUGUUUGUAACUCUCUCUUAAUCUUUUAAAACCGAUCUAAAUCUAGUUUUAUGAAGAUUCUUUGUCCUGCAGGGGAUUUAAGCAGAUGUGUUGGGUGGAGUAUUCUGACAAAUAGUAUCAUGAAAAGAUAUAUUCUAGAGCAAAUAAUAUUUACAUAAAGGCAAAUAAGCUUUGAAUCUUCAUAAAUAAAAACAAUCAGUUUGUAUAGUAAGCAUAUUGACAUUAAAGGAACACUAUAGGGUCAGGAACACAAACAUGUAUUCCUGACCCUAUAGUGUUAAAACUACCAUCUAGCUGACCUCCCCACAUUGCCCUAAAUAUAGUAAAAUCUUACUUGUAUGCAAGUCUCGAGCUGCUGGCUCUUCCCCUGUCUGUCUCUGAAAUCAUCAGAAGUGGUGGUCUGAGCCAAUCACAAUGCUUUCCAAUAAGAUUGGCUGAGACUGUCAAGGCAGCAUAUCAGGGGCAGAGCCAGCACAAGUCAAACAGUCCUGACCAAUCAGCAUCUCCUCAUAGAGAUGCAUUGAAUCAAUGCAUCUCUAUGAGGCAAGUUGAGUGUCUGCAUGCAGAGGGUGGAUACACUGAAUGUUGUGAUGCACACUAGGCACGUUUGCCCCAGGAAAAACUUCUAACAGCCAUCUAAGGAAUGGCCAGUAAAGUUAUCACUAGGCUUUAAUGCAAACACUGCAUUUUCUCUGAAAAGACCGUGUUUACUGCAAAAAGCCCAAAGGUAAUGAUUCUACUCACCAGAACAAAUGCAAUCAGCUGUAGUUGCUCUGGUGACUAGUGUCCCUUCAAAGUUGGUUACAUAUAUAGUCUGGCAUCUCCUUAUAACUUUUAAUUUAGACAACGCCCACAUUUAAUAAAACAAUGUUCAUUGGUCAUGGAUAGAGCAGACACUUUACAUUAAAAUAAUAUCAUAUAUAAUAGUGUGUAUGUGUAUAUAAUUCUGCCCCCCACCCCAUCCCACAUGUCAAUCUUGACAAUGUCCGUUUUUGGUACAGGUUAGUCUGCUCUUCUUCUCACAGCAGCAACAUGAACUCAUUGUAUUUGAUUUGAUUGCACAUACAGCAAGUUCAUCUUGAUCUUGCUUUAGAGUGUUUAAGACAGGGAUAGUCAGCCUUCUGCAAUCUAGAUGUUUGGACUGCAUCUCCCAUUAAGUUCUUACAGCCAAAAUAUCCCUCCCUCCCUCACCUGCCGCCAGCCCUCCAAUGUGUCUUCACGGAGGAGAGAUCAGAGAUCUCCCUCCCUGGUCCGCAGGCACUGUGCGGGCAGCCGGCAGGGGAGGGAGAGAGGACCCGGGAGCUCAGCCUGCAGCUCCUCCAUGUCCUACUCCCUCGAGCACUGGGUGUUGCCACGGUAACCACGGCAACGCUCCGGAUCUCGCGAGAGUGAACUCUAGCCCUGGAGCUACAGACUAGAGUUCACUCUCACCUCUGCGACUACCAGGGAUUUCCCAUGGACCACCAGGGAUUGAGAAAUGGGGGGGACAUAUAUUUAUUUAUUUUUAUUAAAAAAAAAGAAUUUUUAAAAAAGCCCUCCUUCCCUCCCCCCACCUCAUACACACUACACCCCACAUACACACUACACCCCAUGCGCACACACACUGCACCACUCACGCACUGCAGCCCCAUAUCCUACCUGACCACAGGUAAGUUGUCAAACUGUUCUUAAAUGACUACUUACUCUGGGAUGGGGUCCUUGCACCAUAGCCACUACACAGAGCUAUUGUGGCUGGAUUAUUUCUUUAAAGGGUCACUAUAGUGUCAGGAAAACAAAGUGGUUUUCCUGACACUAUAGUGCCCUGAGGGUGCCCCCUUCAGUAGCUUACCUUAUUCUAGCGCCGGGCUCCCUCUGCGCUGGUGACCUCUCCUCCCCUGCCAACGUCAGCGGAGCCGCAUGUGCGGCAAGCGCCGCGCGCAUUCAAGCUGUCCAUAGGAAAGCUAUUCUCAAUGCUUUCCUAUGGACGCUCUGCACGAUGGAGGCAUAAUAUGCUUCCAGCGUCGCAGAUGCCUCUAGUGGCUGUCCGGAAGACAGUCACUAGAGGCUGGCUUAACCCUGCAGUGUAAACAUAGCAGUUUCUCUGAAACUACUAUGUUUGCAUCUGCAGGGUUAAAACGUGAGGGACCUGGCACCCAGACCACUUCAUUGAGCUUAAGUGGUCUGGGUGACUAUAGUGUCCCUUUAAAUAAUCUACAAGUGCCCCUACUGAGAUCAGGCUCUGGAUCCGCCCCUGGGCACAAGGUAUCUGGAUCUCUGUCAGGGAGGCACUGGAAGUAUAGAAAUGUAACAGGUGGAUUCUGCCACUGCUAAUAAAGAACUUCGGUUCCUGUGAUCUAAUGCCAGGGCAGUAUCUCUGCAGAGGAUUACUUUUGUGUUUCUUUAAUUUCAUACUGUUUAUGUUCUGUUAUUCUGACCGAACAAACCUUUCAAGAUAGAAGAUGCUAACUGUGAUAACAUCUUGUUAACCCCUUAAGGACACAGCUUCAGAAAUAAAAGGGAAUCAUGACGGAAUAUUUCCGUCAUGUGUCCUUAAUGGGUUAAUAUGGCUGCUUGUGAAUCCUAUUGAGCAGAUGACGGCAAUGCUUUGUGCUCAUUGACAUUUUAUAUUGUAUAAUGACAACUUUUCCUCUGUGAUUGGCAAGUCAAACUGCAUUUCCCUUCUUUUUGAAAGGCAUAAGCAGGAAAUUAUAGGUUUUGGCUGUCAUAUGCUGAGCGAACAUAGAUUGAUGUAUUGAGACCAUGUGUAGUGUGUGAAUGACAUUUCAGUAUGGUAGCCCAGGAAUAUGUAGGUUAUCUUGUUUUCCUUUAGCAAGGCUUCACUAGAUACGAAGAAUAAACUCCACUGAAGCUUACUUUGUUGUACUUGCAUGGUUCCUUUUGUUGCAUUAGUGCUAAGGCAACAUUUCAACCACAAAAGGUGCUUUUUGGGGAGUUUUUUUUUUUGUCAAUCUUUUUUAUUGCCGCUGAGAGAGCUCAGUGUGUUAAUGCAUCAUAAGUAGAAUAUGUUCAACCCUUGUUCAAUUCCUGGCAGGGUGUCAUUAGACUGGGUAAUAGUAACAUCCCCUGUAUUAACCGUUUUGAAACCCUAAUAUUUGUGUUCAGUGAAGUUUCCCUCAAAUUUUAAUUGAUAAAAUCACAUAAUUAUGUUAAGAUUACACAAAUAUACACACGCUAUUUAUAUUUAUUUAUAGAUGGAGGGAGAUAUAUAAUGUCAAGUCAUUUCACUCUAAGUGUAUUUUGUUAUAUAUUUAGAUCUAUAUCUAUGUAUAGAUAUCUAUAUAGGUAGAUAUCGAUAGCUAGGGAAGCAAAAUCCAAUUAGGUUAUGGUGGGGAAAAAUUGUGAUUGAAAACCCCUUCCACCUGAAGUCUGUGGAUAAUUAAUACAAUGGUAAACAAAAAUCUGCACACCAGUCAAGCCAUAAGACUUGCUUUUCCCACAGAAAUCACAAAUUUGCAGUGAUGUUACUAUCGCAAAGGAUUCUGGGCGGGCAUAUGCAAAUUAGUGUAACAGAGAAUCACAUUUUUAGCCUCAUUCCACAGUUUUUCCCCACCAUAACCUUUUUGGAUUUUGCUUCCCAAGCACUACCAAGCCUCAAUAAGCAAACCAGUAACAAACCUCAUGCUGAUGGGUUUUGCAUAUUUUCCUAUAUUGUGUUUCAAGCUGUUGUAUACAGCAAACACAGAUUAAAAGGAAUCCAUGUUUAAAAUGGAAUGAGGCAAAAAUGUGUUUCUUUGUUACACUAAUUUGCAUAUGCCCACCCAGAAUCCUUUGCAGUUGUAACAUCGCUGCAGUUUUGGGAUUUCUGUGGGAAAAGCAAGUCUUAUGGCUUGACUGGUGUACAGAUCUUUGUUUAACAUUGUUUGUUAUAUAUAUAUAUAUAUAUAUAUAUAUAUAUAUAUAUAUAUAUAUAUAUAUAUAUAUAUAUAUAUAUAUAUAUAUAUAUAUAUAUCUCUAUCUAUAUAUCUAUCUAUAUAUAUAUCUAUCUAUAUAUAUAUCUAUAUAUCUAUCUAUAUAUCUAUAUAUCUAUAUAUCUAUAUAUAUAUCUAUAUAUCUAUAUAUAUAUAUAUCUAUAUCUAUAUCACACACAGUAUAAAAUAUAUAUCUUAUAUAUGUACGUGUAUUUUAAUAUGAAUAUAUAUAAUUAUAUUAGUAUUAAAAUACAGUGUGGUGUUUUUUUUUUUUUUUUACUUUAUUCACCAGCAGUACCCCUGCAGCCAGAUCCACAGGCCGCUAUGCCAGCCAUGUGAUUUGUUCUUUGAGAGUGAUAACAUGGCCCCGGGGGCCUGAUUAGCCGUUGGAGGACUGCCUAGGCUGUCAGGCAGUCCUCCGGAAGCGGAGCACUGGGAAGGCAUGUAUUCCCGAGGCUCGUGGGCUGCAAGCAGUUACGGCGUUCUAUGCCGCUGCACUGGCUUUAAAGCCCAUUGAAUGUGGGACGGCAAAGAACGAAGUUAAGGGCUUAAGCAAUAAUAAAUGGGGAAGUAUUGGAUUGGUUGAGAUCAUCAAUCUUUAUGAUCUUAAUCAAGGAGGUGGGAUUGGCAAAACAAAUUUUUGUUUUUUCUAUUGUUAAUACUAUUGCAAUAAUAUCAAAGUUACACUAUAGUGCACAUUAAGUACAAGGUAAGUGGUGUGUUCAUUACUGUGAUAGUUGGUGGGCAUUUAGAUACAGCUGUUUAAAUCCUGAAUUUGAUUUCCAGCAGGCAUUUGAGCGGGCAUAUGCAUCCCCUGUCGCAUCUCAGCUCCAGACAGAUGCUUCCCUUCCACCCCUCAAAAAGAAAGCUCCAGGUGAUGCACAAACUAAGGAAAGACUUUUUGUAGUAUUCAACCCACACCCACUGAGCUUGGAUAUCAUGGAAGAUGUGUUCUGGUAAGGUUCUGUCUACAUGCUUUGACCUUAAUUCGUAAUGGUUCUAUAACUGAUCAGUGUUUUUGAGCUCAAAUGUUGGAUAGAUAAAUUAUAUAUAAUUCUAUAAUUUCUUAUUUUUUUUUUUAUUUUUUUUAUUUAAAGUCUAAGCUUCGUGUCAGCCUUCUGUUUUUAUUAUUAUUAUUAUUAUUAUUAUUAUUUUUUUUUUUUUUUUUAUCUGAACGGGAACGUAAAGGGUUGAACAUUCAACCAAGGCGCUGAUCAGCCACAACAUUAAAACCGUCUGCCCAAUAUCACGUAGGUCCCCCUCAUGUGCCAAAACUGCUUUGAUGCAUGGAGGCAUGGACUCCACAAGACUUCUAAACAUCUUCUGUGGUAUCUGGCAAGAGAAUGCCCAAACAUUUGUGCUGUCAUGCUGAAUUUCUGUGUAAAUACCUGAGCAACAAAAGUUGCUUUCUAUUGCUUUGUUCACUAUGGUACAUGCUUUAAAGCGCAACGGUCACAUCUUUGAUUUUUACGCAGCUUGAUAGCUUACUAAAACUGAAUUUUAACCAUGAAGUUUUGGUACAUGUGGCAUGUAUUUUACAUAUACAUAUGGUAUAAGGUGGAGUAAAUAUGUACAAUAAAUCUUCAAAUAGUAGUGGCAAUAAAAUAGUCCAAAUGAGAAUAUUCUCUAGAAUAUAAACAUAGAUAAAAAAGAAAUAGUGCAAUAUAGCCAAUAUACAAUCAGUAAUGCAAUAUGUGUAAAAGAUAAAGCACUCACAAACAUAGAGCCAAUGCAAAGGCUCAAUAAUGGGGCUCUGUGGGUACUAAAGGGACCCACUUCCUACUUGUUGCUGCCUGUAGUAUCCAAAUAUAGGAUGUCCUCUCAGGAUGUAUCAAAAAUAAAGUGCUUUAUUGGAAUAUGCACAUAAAUAUAUAAAAUACAUAAAAAUCAAUAGAAAACCUUAGUCUUGAAGGUUGGUCCUUAUCUAAGGUGCAAAACUCGUUUCGCCUCGUCUAGAGGAUUCCUCAGUUAACCCACAAUAAGGUGUUUUGAGUUUUUGCUAUUUGGUGUCACUAAUUGGGAUAUUGUAACAUAGCAAUUUUUAUUGUAUUUUGCAUAUGUUUUCUUAACCCAUUUCAAAAAUGUAUUUCUGAAAAAUUUCACUUUUAUUUUUGUGCAUUGAAAAUCCAUUGUGUUUCUCUUCUUCUAUUCUAGUCGGUUUGGAAAUCUAAUCGAGGUGUACAUUGUGCCGGGUAAAAAUGUUGGCUACGUUAAAUACGCUGAUGUAUCCAGCGCAAAUGAAGCUAUUGUUGCCUUACAUGGAAAAAUGGUAAAUCACGUGAAGCUGAAAGUGAUGCAGGCUGAGUCUCCUCGAGAUGAGUCCAAUAAGAGACAGAGAACUUACUGACUUAAUUCUAUUCCGGUAAGUGAUUCAUAUAUCCCUUGUUCUGAAGAUGAAAAACUUUGACUUUCAGGGACACCCACAUGCAGUGUUUAACCAUUUAAAUAUUUCAGAGACACUUGCAUGUCGUGUUUAACCAUUCGAUAUCUUGGAUUGUAUAAUUGUAUCCACUUCUUCAUGUUAACAGCUUUUAGUACUGCUUUAGUCACAUUAGAAUACUGGGAGGCUUUAGCCAGACUGAUUUAAUUUAGGAGGACAAAAAAGUAAGAAAAUAUAUUGAUUACUUUUAAACAAUCAAGCUUGCAUUGCACAUCAUACACAGGUUGAGUUCCAUUCCAGUUCUCUCAAUCACAUUGUUUUGAAGGAAUUAAGUAGAAUAAUUUAAAAACCUCUGUAAAUUAGCUUAAUUCUCCAAUAUCUGCUGAAAUAUGUUCAGUUUACACAAGUGACUGGAAGCUAGCGACAGCUGAAGGAAGUGACAAAACUUGACAGAGGUAGUUCUGCCUUUUGUAGAGUUUUGUCAACUUGAGUAUUCUGCAGGAGACAAAGUAAUCCCCAUUAUAUUUUGACAAUGUUGGAAUUUCAAUGUAAUUUCUUUAUGAGCAUUUCAUAAAGACAUUAUAAUUCUGUCAGAAACAUCAGCCUUUGCCUGCUAGUGUAAACAUUAGUGCUCAAUUAUAUUUUUCCAUUCAGAUUUUUUAUUUUGUAUACAUAUAUGCAUACACAUGAAGUCUUGUUUUGUUUUUUUGUCCCACAUAUAUAUUAGGGUUUCAAAACGGGCUAAUCCAAGAACAGUAAACUGUAGAAAACGAAAUGCUGAAUAGCAAAAUUAAGGCCAAAAUAGCCACAUCUGUUUUUGGGGUUUUUUUGUCAACUAUUUUGGCCCUAAUAUUGGAAUUGAUUUUGAUUUACACUUUCCUACAAUUCACUGUUUAAUGUACACAAGAUAUAAUGCCAAACCGCUUUCUAGCUAAUUACAUGAUUUGUAAUAAGCAGUAAUUUUCCUGUGGAUGUUGCAUGAUACAUAUUUAUAUCCAUAUAUAAAUUUAGAUUUUCACUGUUUAUAGAACUUUUGCAGCAUUUAAAUUUCUUUUUCAAUCUUAAAGGGACACUCCAGACACGUCUGAUAUAUUUUUUUAUAAUUUAUAAAUGCUAGUUAAAUCACUGUGUAUUUUAUUUGAAUUGCAUGCGAGUAUAUUUGCACAUAUAGUAUGCAUGGUUACUAACAAGUAUCUGAGCAAUAAGGGCAUUGCAGGUCCUUGGUGCAGCCUGUGUAAAAGCCCAGUUGUGUGCACUAGAGGCCUCCCUCUCCCUGGCUUAUAAAAUGCAUCCAUUAUAUGUUAAGACAAAUAUACUCUUGUACGGUACAGUACAGGAAGAGGCCAGCAUUUCCAGACCCCGAUAGAAAUUAAUUAUAGCCUUGGUGAGGAAAAAAAAUACAAUUCUCCAUCAGGUGAAGACCGCACUUGAAUAAAAGAGAUGGUAAGUGGAACUUAAUAGGAUAAAUUUAGUGUAAUUGGUUUGCAAUGCAACACAAACUUUAGCCCAUGAUAACAAAGUUAAAGGAGCCAAAUUUAAAAUGGUGAGAAUAUGUCACAAGCACCAGAUUGACAGUUAUUUUUUAAUGGAGUAGUUGCUAUGUAACGCUAUUUUUGAGACCGUUACACAAAUGUUAAUCACUCUGAGAAAGCAGAGACUGCUUCAGGUUUCCCUUUUGUGUAUCGUCUACACCAGUGUUCCCAACCCAGUUCUCAAGUACCCCCUACCAGUCCAGGAUUUAGGGAUUAACCAAUUGUGUGUAAGGUGUUUUUAGAAACAAAAAUCCCUAAAUCCUGGACUGGUAGGAGGUACGUGAAGACUUGGUUGGGAACCCCUGAUCUAAACAAUGCAGGCACCUAGGAAUAGUAGAGAACACCUUGUAAUAUCUUCUUUCCUUGUGAGAUAGGUGAACAGUAGGGGAAAGAGGAUAAAUUCAUUCUUUUCAAAAUAUGGGGGGACGGGUAGUCAGUUUGUAUGUAUAUAAACUAAAGCUUAGCAUGAUUGAAGAAGUGAUAUAGGGGUGAAAAUAGUUGACUAAUUGUGAUUUGCAAGUCUGUUUAAUUAGGUAUGUGUGCAACACUGGGUGCUAAUAAAAUGUUGUAUGUGUGUGCUACAUUUUAGGAAAAACCUGUCAAGCACAGGUUUAGUACAAUUAAGAUAUGCACAUUUUUCAGUGUGGUCUAAUCUGUUAUUCUUACACUAAUCAUGUGUUUAUUUUUAGGUGUUGUAGAAUGCAAAUAAAAUGCUAUGAACUAUUAUUGGGUUUGUUUUUUGAAGAUUAGUCUAGUCCUUAACUUACUGCUUUUUUACAGAAAUGUCAAUCCUAUUUAUAGUACGUGGGAAAUAUUUUAUCUUCUUUUUAUAGGACUUUAUCAAAAUCUUUGUGUAACGCACUACUAUUGAUUAAAAUGAGACUGGAGAUAGGUCACUUCCACCCUGUCAAGCCACAUGCAGUGACAUGUGUUGACUGUCUGCUAUCUCCAAUGGCAAAUCUUUGUUGAGAAAUGUAUCUAUUGUAUUUAAGCACAGAUUGUAAUCUGUAACAGACUCAUUUAAAUGGCCACUCUGAGCACCAUAACCACUACAGCCAUAUGUAGUGAUUAUACUGCUAAGAAACCAUGCAUGUCAUUCUUUAUUCUAAUAUUAGUAGAAUAUUAGAAUCCCCAGCACUUAAAUCCUAGCCCUUAAUUUUCAACUUCAUAAUGAGGAAAUGUAUCUUCCUUGUCCAUCAAUCAAAACAUCUGUACAGAGUGAACAUGCACUGCUAACGGUGUUUAGGCAGCACAAAAAGGAUUUGUGACAAAUUGGCUUGGUUGGAUGCCUAGCUUGCUCUCUGCUUAUUGUACGUAGUGCAUGCUCACACCAUACAAGAACUUGGUUGAUUAAUGUGGAAGUAAGAUACCCUCGUUUUAAAUCUGAUUCUCCUUUUGGCUUUGUCAAACUAAAAAAAGUUUCAAGAAGGGUAAAACAAAAAAAAAACUUAGACCACACACAGCUUCCUAGCACCAUUUCCAUUGCAAUACUUUGUAGAGGCUAUGAUGCUCAUAGCAUCCAUUUCAAGUUCUGUUAGGUGAUGUAUGAUUGAAUGACAUUGACUCUGCUCAGUUAACUAUAUUUUCAUCAUUGUAUUUUGCUCUUUCUGCAGAACAGAGACUAAGUUAUGACAUGACCCUCAGCUGACUGACUGAAACGUGACUGGAGACAGCUUAUAUGUAAUUUAGUUUAAAAAAAAAAAAAAAAAUGUUCAAAUUCUUUUUUGAGAAGAGAAAAAAAAAACGUAAUCUGCAUUUUGAGAUUUUUUUUAUAAAAAAAAAUAUAAUGAAAUGCAAGUUGCAAUCUUAAACAGUUGAUCUUUUUUUUUUAUUGUUGAAUUUAUGCAGAAUAUGUAC